GAGUUCGUUGUACAGUGUAAAGUUGAUUGUGUAAUGUUCCGAGAGCUUCUUUUCUUCAUUUCUGUCAGUCAUUCCCAUGGCGGUACUUGGAGCAGCCCGACCUGUGCUCCGGGUCGUCACACCAUCACUCAUCUGUUCGAGUGGAAAUGGAGCGAUGUAGCUGCAGAGUGUGAACGGUUUCUGGGUCCGCACGGAUACUGUGGUGUCCAGAUUUCACCAGCAAAUGAAAAUAGAGUGAUGAUCAAUCCCAGCAGACCAUGGUAUGAGAGAUAUCAGCCUGUAUCGUACAAAAUGGUCACCAGAAGCGGAAACGAGGCUGAUUUCCGGGACAUGGUACAAAGAUGUAACAAGGUUAAUGUCAGAAUCUUCGUUGAUGUUGUGUUUAAUCACAUGACCGGGGUCGGAGACACGGGCACAGGAACCGGUGGUUCUCAUUGGGACGGAAAUACACUGAGUUAUCCCGGCGUGCCUUACUCUGCCUGGGAUUUCAAUGGAAAAUCCGAAUGUCACUCAAGCGACGAUGAUAUUCAUAACUACAAUGACCCGAAUGAAGUUCGUAACUGUCGUUUGCUAAGUAUAGCGGAUCUGAAACUUUCCAAGGAUUACGUACGGGAUACCAUAGCAGGAUACCUAAACCACCUCAUCAGCCUGGGGGUGGCUGGAUUCAGAGUGGAUGCUGCGAAACACAUGUGGCCUGGAGACAUCCGUGCUGUGUUUGGGAGACUGCAUGAUUUGAAUACUAGCUAUUUCCCGACAGGAACCAAACCGUUUAUUUAUCUGGAAGUGAUUGAUAUGGGACAUGAAGCAGUCAGUGCAACGGAGUACACCGGAAUUGCCCGAGUCACAAACUUCAUGUAUGGAAUCAAAUUAGCUGAUGUUUUCAGACAUAAUAACCAGGCGAAAUGGCUGAAAACGUGGGGGGAGCGAUGGGGAAUGAUGAACACAAAUGAUGUAGUUGUUUUUCUCGACAACCAUGACAAUCAAAGAGGAGAUGGUGGUGGAGGAAACGUUUUAAGUUUCUAUGAACCACGUGCUUAUAAAAUGGCAACCGAGUUCAUGCUGGCUCACCCUUACGGUUUUACACGAGUAAUGAGCAGUUAUAGGUGGACCAGGAAUAUUCAGGGAGGACAUGAUCUAAACUAUUGGAUGGGACCACCCCACAAUGGGGACAUGAGCAUUAAGAGUCCUAUCAUCCAUUCAGACAUGACCUGUGACAACAACUGGGUUUGUGAACACAGGUGGCGUCAAGUUUACAACAUGGUUGCCUUCCGUAAUGUUGUCAUGGGAACACCGCUGAGUAAUUGGUGGGACGAUGGUGACUAUGCCAUUGCUUUCUCCCGAGGAAACAAGGGUUUCAUCAUCAUCAACGCAGGCACAUCGGAUAUAAAUGUAAAUUUACCAACAGGUUUAACGCAGGGUUCAUAUUGUGACGUAAUUUCCGGUGAUUAUGAAAAUGGAAAGUGCACUGGAAAUGUAGUUCACGUGGGAGGAGACGGCCACGCUCAUUUCCAUAUAAGUCACAACAGUGAGGAUCCAGUUGUGGCAAUACAUAUCGGAGCAAGGAUAGGAUCUUUAAAGAAAGUUACAACAUAAUAAAUUAAAUAUUCUUUCUUUAAAUAAA